GAAAGAGACGGAUCGAACUUUUCUAGCUUAUAAGCAUAUAACAUGCACAUGUGUUUGUGAGUAUAAAAAUAACAGACUGAGCAAAGCAGAAAUCCCCACCCAGCACGAUCUACCGCAAUCACGACACACCCAGACAGAACAGCCGUACCAGCUAACCGCUUACAACACACACACCUGUGGGACAAACGUGACGUUGCCCAUGCCAAAGGGAUUCAUUCCAUUACGCAGAUAUUCACCACCAUCACAUCUUAAUGAAAUGAAUGUGGGUUGACAAUAACUUUGUUGCGAGCAUAAUGAAAGAGAGAAGAACAGGUCUUCUGAAGCAAGGGAAGAUCAAAGGAAGAUGAUUAAACUGCAUUUCAAUAGCUCUUUUCAGUGUCCAGCAGCAGCUGUUUUUUGUUGUGUUCUGGGGUCAGAAAAUCACGUCACACGAAAUCAUCGUUUGAGCAAGUGAAAUGCGUUUGUUAACGGCUGAGUUGCGCUCAGCUGGAUUUUAGUGGAAACGGGACCUCACGCAGGGGGGCUGACAGACCGGUUAUCGCGCUCCAUCCGUGAUGACCGCAUUUCUUAAGGGCUUCAUGCGCACGCUCACUCCCUUUUGAGUCAUUUGGUGAGAGCAGGACGUGCCGAUCCCUGUCCGUUCCGCCAGUCUGCUGAAAAGAGAGAGAGAGAGGGGGGCGAAAAAGAGGAAAAAUUCACAGUAGUGUGUGUGUGAAUCAUCCGGGAAUCCAUCUUUAAAACAGAACCGUGUAGACGUGGUCGUUACGCGGGCAUGUAAACGCGCAAAGAGGCAACGAAGGAACCUCGGAAACGCGAGCUUUACAGAAUUAUCAACACGGUGGGAUGAGCGUGGAGCAGGGGAGAUUUGAAGGAAUGAUACGCAAGGGAAACGGCACGAUGAGCGUCAUGAGCGGCAGCGCGAACUCCACCGUCGUGCAUCCUCCCGGUGGCCGUAGCCGCGGAGACCCGCGCUACCCGCAGCACGCUCCCCAUCAGAGCGGCUCGAUGGUGAAACCCCAAAACGAGCCCGCGGACCUGGUGAAACGAGCCCUGGACUUCAAGACGCAGGGCACGCAGUGCUACAAGGAUAAAAAAUACCGCGAGGCCAUCGGCAAGUACCACCGCGCACUGCUGGAAAUGAAAGGACUGUGUCGAGUGCUGGGGGAUCCGGACACCAGCAAGUCCCCGUCCACCGUCCUGACCAGCAUCAGCAAGUCCAGCCUGACGGACGAGCAGAAAGGCGCGGUGGAGAACGCGGAGCUGGAGUGCUACAACAGCCUGGCAGCUUGUCUGUUGCAGAUGGAGCUAGUGAAUUAUGAACGAGUGAAAGAGUACUGUCUGAAGGUUUUGAGAAAGGAGGGCGAGAAUUUUAAAGCCCUGUAUCGCUCUGGCGUGGCGUAUUAUCAUCUGGGAGACUUUAACAAAGCCCUGCACUACCUAAAGGAGUCACACAAACAGCAGCCCACAGACACAAAUGUCAUCCGCUACAUCCAGCUCACGGAAAUGAAGAUUCGACGAAAUGCCCAGAGAGAGAAAUCAGAAGUUCCAUAAAAAAAACCCAGCUCCCGCUUGAAUAGCUUUCCACUGCGGACACCCCACACUUCCCUCAUCGCACUCUCUGUGGACGAGGUUCGGCAUUUCACGGAAGGCGUUAUUCCAGUGCGGGUCAACACACCUGUCUCAGUCCUGUCAGAAACCAUCUCUGGCUCAGAUUGAAAAGCUGAAUCAGGUGUGCUGUGCCCUGCAGUAGACUGUGGAGACCAGGGAUGGAGACCACCAGGGAUCUCAAUGGCAUUUAUGGUGCUUUUUGAAGUACAGUAGUGUUUGCUUUUAUUCCUUGGUUGUAUUUAAGCUACAAACUAACAGAUGUAGGUCUCUCAAGGCGGUUGUGGUCUGAAGUUGUGCUCCACAGAACACCCUCAGAUCAUUUUGUGGCUGGUGAAACAUAAUUGACAUAUUCCUGCAGCUUUUUCGUUCGCGUAUUGUUUCCAGAUCAUGAUGAGAUGUUUUUGUUAGAGAUUCCGAAUCAGUUUUGCUCCUUCAUUUGAAGUGCAGUUAAGUGUCACUACCAGUGAAAAUGAUGCCAGUCAUGUACAACCUACUCUUCACUUAACACCCACAUUCAAAUCGCAGUGGGAAAGAUCUCACACGCACAGAGUGGGCUUAAGUGUUCACACACGCACAGUGGACAUGAGUGUAAGCAUGUGAAUCAAGCACAGUCUGACACGCAUACAAAAGCAUGUAGGAGUAAAAUAAACUGUGGUCAUUGUUAUGUA